AUGAUAGCUUCUCGGAGCCUACGGGCGACUACAGUGGGGCUAGAACACAGGCUGACAUGUAAACCGAUAUCAGGGACAUAUCUCACGAGCUUGGCAAGCCGCCGAUCGCAGUCGAGCGCUGCUUUGGAUGGAUCGAACCGAUCAUCGCCAUAUGACAAUGCGUCCCAGUUUGCGCCCAUCCAUAAGAUGACAGAGGAAGAGAAAGACUUGCUGCGAUCGAAGCCCAACAUCUUCAAAGCUUUGAUCGGUCGCGGUGAUCCACAAGUAGCGCGAGCGAUGGCGAGUACAUUCAAGUUUUACAAGAAUUGCGAGCCUCGCUACCAGAUCGAGCGGGACUUCUUCUACAACCAAUGUGGCAUGCCGGACUCGUUCCAGACUUGGUUCGGCAUUACGAACCUAUACGGAUGGAUCUUGACCGUCAGACUGAGAGCAUUGCCAGCGCCGCUGGGGCAGAAGUUCAACCAGCAGAUGGUCAACAGAAUCUUCUUCGAUGCCGAAGAUAAGAUCAAGGGAGACUACAAGAUCAAAGGUUCAUCUGUCAUCAAGGGAUCCAUGAAGGAUCUGCUUGCGCAAUACCAUGGAUUCCAGACUGCGCUCGACGAGGGCCUCGUCGGCGAUGAUGCCACACUAGCAGCUGCGAUCUGGCGCAAUAUGUUUGGCGCGGGCUGGGCCAAUGUCGCAGGCGUGAAAGGCAAAGCAAGACAACGCACCGUCCUAACGGCCACUUCUGGCGUGACGCCCGAUCGCAUGGAACCGCCUGCUCCUGCACCACCUUCGACAGAGCCAGAAGCGAACAUGGCUUCUGCCCAAUCGUCUCAGCCGAGCACGAGCGCGACUGAGGCCGACUUUGCAGAGGCGCUAGAGAGGCUGGUGCUAUAUGUCCGAAAGGAAGUCAAGCGAACGGAGCACGUGCCUGACUCACUGGUCCUCUUCCCGAAGGAGGAAGACGAGGGCGGUGUAUCUCAAUUUGGCAGAAUCAUGUCUGCAUCAUCAUGA